CCAUGUUGCAGUAUGUGCAUUUUGAAAACACACACAAAACAAAACAGAAAUGUACUAUUACUUGAAUUAAUUUAUUCUUCACAGGCAGAGAACAAGAAGUUUUAACGAAGCAGCUCCAUCAUCCUUUGGCCUGUUGUCUAUUGCAGUACCGAACAAGCUCAGCCAAUCAGCUCCCAGCAUCAUGGAACCACUUGUGUGUUCAAACUAUGUACUUCAGGCCAGGGCACACAUACAGACAAGAUUGGGCUCUCAUAAACCUAUCAAUGAGCAAAAGGGUCCCAUAUUGGCUAUGCAACCUGCUGCUCUUCUCCGGUCACCCAAGCAGCUGGAACCCCUGGACCCCAGGUUAAAAGAAAAUGCUGCUGCACCGGUAUUAAAGUACAGUGUUCCCCUGAAGCCAAUUACCAAGAGCAUUCAUUCCACAACCCACUUUAAGAGGAGAUUUUCAGGGGGCACCCCACGUACCGACCCCCUCGCCAUCAGGUGUGGCAGUGAAGAUAGUGGGUCCAACAUCAGCAGUCAGAGUUCUACUGAUCUGGAAGAUGAGGACUAUGAAGGGGAUACACCUGAAGACAUUUACUGGGUUUCAAAACAUUCCAAAGGCUGCACUGAGAAAGACAGUGAGUUUGACGAUGGGAAGACAGUGCAGAGUUUAUCACCACUCGUCAAGUCAACACACAUACAAAAACAAGAGCAUGUUAACUGCCAGACCAUUAUGAAUUGCACCAAAGAAAAUCAGGAUUAUGGUAUGAGUCGUAGAGCGAGAAGGAAUCAUGAAACACCGGUCCCAUUAAUGCCUGAUGAGAGUAUUACCAAUGACUGCAAUAACACUGCAGAACAGGCAGAUACAACUAUUAAGGGUAAUUAUGUGGAUAAACCUGCAAUCGCAAAGGAUUUCCAAAUAGAAGAUGCGAUCUGCGGCAGUAGUGAGGGUGCAAAGGUAAAUAGCAGCUUUGUCCCUGAAGAGACCUCACUAAUUUUUUCAAAUAGCAAUCAAGUUAUAGUUGCUAAGAGUGGAACAUAUAAGAAAACUUUGAAGCCCACUGAAAACAAGGCAGAAGAAUCCGGUUUGAAUUGUGAAGUGAGGACAAAUUUGUCCGUCACCCGACUCGAGCUCAAAGACGAAACUAUACUAAACUUAAGUAAAGCCCAGAAAAAUCUAAAGCACCGCUCUCUUUUCAACCAACCUAUAGAUAACACUAAAACAAGCCCUGAUCAAAUUGUUGUUAAGAAAGUCCCCACUUCUUUGGAUAAAUCAAACCUUAAAUAUCUUAAGGUUGCUCGUUGGACCCCUGACCCCCCAUCACCACGAAAGAAGGGAGCUGGUAGUGCACACUACAGAGGAGCAAAUCCUGACAAGGUGAGCAACCACCGUGCACAACAGCACCCAAAAGGCAGGGAGAUGAAGAGCACCCACCAAUUAAAGAAUCCAGAUGAGGCUGCGGCACAAAGAUCUAAAUCUGCCAUGGACUUCAUCACAUACAAAGACAUGUUUAAGACAAUUCAGAGUGAAGGCAAAGGACCUGCAAUUUAUGAGAUGUUUGCUGGUCCGAUCUAUGAUCAUCUUCGGAAUCCAGUCAGCUUUGAGGACAAACAACCACAGGCUGCUCAGUUCAGGAAUUUACAUGAGAUCCGUAACGUCAAACACAGACCUUUGAAACAAGGGCAGACUAAGCUAAGGAAAUGUCCGACAGAGACGGUAGUAGUUUCAACUAGAGGCAUAGCAAAACCUUUAUCUUCCAGGGUGAAACCUCACCUCACACAAGCACCAAAGGACAGACACAAAGUGGAGUGUAUUAGUCAACCUGAGGUUAAGGUAGUUCUCUCUAAUGAUGGUGAGAUGGGUCCUAACGCUGUAGAAAAGGCUGAAGUCACGACGUUAUCGACCAUUGACGAGGUUCUCCCCGGUGGCAAGGGUAUGACAGAUAACGGUUAUGAUAACUUCCUUAUGAAUAUGGAAGAAACAACUGUAAGUUCAACAGACGUACACAGAAGUGACCACACUGGUAUGUCACCAGUGUAUCAGAAGUUUCUGGAUGGGGUUGGGGACGGACCACUUACAGAUGACUUGUUGCAAUGUCUGGCUGAGGAGCUGAUCUCACUGGAUGAGAAAGAUGUCUCCACUGGUUCAUGUCCACAAAACCUUGAAAUAGAGCACCACAAAGAGGACAAUGCAAUAUCAAGAGAACAGAAGAAUGCGGGGGUGACUUCAAUUAAUUUUGCUGCCUUACAUGGAUUUGGGUCAGAUGAUAACAUUUCUUGGACAAAGGGUGAAGUACUUGGUCGUGGAGCAUAUGGGACAGUAUACUGUGGUCUGACCAGUCAGGGCCAGUUGAUUGCUGUGAAACAGGUGACUUUGGACACCGCUGACCCAAAGGCUGCAGAGAGCGAGUAUGGUCGGUUGCAGGGAGAAGUAGAACUUCUCAAAACGCUGAGCCACACCAAUAUCGUUGGCUUCAUUGGGACCUCUCUCUAUCAGCACAUGGUUUCCAUCUUCAUGGAGUACAUCCCAGGAGGAUCUAUCGCCAGCAUUCUUCAUAGAUUUGGUCCACUGCCAGAGCGUGUUCUCGCACUAUACACCCAUCAGAUCCUGGAAGGGGUGGCCUACCUUCACUUGAACAGGGUCGUUCACCGUGACUUGAAGGGGAACAAUGUGAUGCUGAUGCCCACAGGUGUGAUCAAGCUCAUAGACUUCGGCUGUGCACGCCGAGUCAGCUGCGUAACCCACAGCACCAACAGCAGUGGGGAUCUGCUCAAGUCUGUCCAUGGCACUCCUUACUGGAUGGCACCAGAGGUUAUCACCGAGACAGGAUAUGGCAGGAAGUCGGAUAUAUGGAGUGUGGGUUGCACGGUCUAUGAGAUGGCGACAGGAAAACCCCCUCUAGCACACAUGGACAAGAUAGUGGCCUUGUUCUACAUUGGGGCCAAACAAGGACUGAUGCCUUCUUUACCUGACAGAUUCUCAGACAGCGCCAAGGACUUUGUCAACAUCUGCUUGACAAGUGACCAGAGACAGCGGCCGUCUGCGGACCAACUGCUGCAACAUUCUUUUCUCCCCAGACAUACCUCGAAAAAGAACUCCUGCGGUCAUCCAGAUGGACUUUGCGGUUUUAUUUGUGUUUUGGAGUAAUACAGAUGUAGACUUAAGAAUAUUGGGCCUUCUUCAAGCAGUACAAAGAAAACCAAGCACUUUUAAGUACUGUUCACAAUUAGGACUGUCAACGUUUAAUACUGCAGUUAAUGCCAAUUCUUUUUUUUAUCAACUCUUGUGAUCAUUUGCUUCUUUUUCUGCAACCAUACAAGACAACUUUCUCAAGAAGAAUCAACGUGUGCAAUACAAAUUGUUACUUUAAAGCUUUUUUCACAAAGCAAUACCUCAGUUUUGUACACCCUUUUUUCUCCGUGUGACUCAGUUUUUCCAAAAAAAAGUGUUCUUUGCAGAAUUGAGUAUCGUUGAUUCUGACUGGCUGAAAAAACAACCACCAGGAUGCCAAAUUAAAUUAUAAAAGUGAGAAACACAAAAGGAAAUACAAGAAAAACGUGUGGCAAAGCGCAAAAGUGGCUUCUGCUUGGUUGUCGGUUACCAACAUCUUUGCUAAUAUCGUUUAUAUUUAAUUAACAUUGUUUUACAUAUGCAAAAUUAUAACUAUUCUCUAUAACAAUUUUUUCCCCCCACUAAGUACCACCAUAAUGACCAACAAUAUAACACAGUAGUGU